AUGGGAUCGGUAGCAGAAAAUCCAGAGCGGCCAGCGUACCCCACCGGCGUGCCCAUCAAAUUCACCCCAGAAGGCGAAGCAGUCCGCUACCCUGGCAACACCACCGUCUGCCACAUUGCGCCCGAUUCACCCUUGCAGCCAGCUCUCCAGCUGGUCCACGACACCAUUGCCACGCACCCGACCCUCUUCAGAAUCUUCCGCCUCCUGCCCCCAGAGUCGUGGCACAUGACCGUCUUUGACGGCGUGCGCGAGAUCGAGUGCGAGCCCAACAUGUGGCCAGUGGGCAAAGGCAAGCUCCCCGUGGACGAGUGCACGGCCAUCUUCGCGCCCAAGCUCCGUGCGCUAGGUACGCAGCUGGAGAGGGAAGGCCUGGCGCCGCCCUACCGGAUGCGCGCGCGCGGGUUUCUGGAUGUCGAGGCCGUUUCGGGCCUGGGGUUUGCCAUCUACGGCGCGACAGAGGAAGAGGAGAAGAGGGUAAGGCGGCUCAGGAACAUGCUGGCGGACACGCUCGGUUUCCGGGCGCCGAAUCACUACAUAUACCCGUUUCACGUGUCUGUCGCGUACAUGCUGCGGUGGGCGGAGGGCGACGAUAGGCAGGAGAUGUUCAGAGUGCUUGAUGACUUGGCCGUGAGGACAGAGGUCGAGUUUGAGCUGGGUGCUGUCGAAUUCAACACGUUUGAGACGAUGCUUGCGUAUCCGAGGCUGUUCUUCCUCGGCGAAGCUGAAUAG